UACGUUCCUAUCUUCCCUUCCCUUUCUCUUUGUUUGGCAUAUAAACAAACUGUAGUAAUAUUCACAUUCAACCUUCAUCGUUCACUUUUUUUGGCUUCUAAUUUUUCUUAUCUUUCUUCAUUUUCUUCUCUGGUUCCAUAUUUCCAAACUUUGUCCAACACACCCAAAAUCUCUCUCGUUUGUUGGCUCCGGUGAUUGUUUUGUUAAGAGAGAUUUGGGUUCUGAAUUCUGAGCAAUUUGGUGAUCUGGGUUUUGUUGAUCCUCUCCCCAGUUUCAAAUUUUCAAUAUUUAUCAUAUUUUCUUUUCUCUCUGGAUUCUGGGGUGUCUUGAAUUAUUGUUUUUCAGGUUUUGUAUCAUUGAGCGUGUGAGUUUUGCUGAACUAAUUGCUCCAAAGUUUCAAUCAUUGCUCAACUUAAAAAAAAAAGGGUGUAUUUUGUUUCUGACAGAUUAGUUAAGCUGGUUGGUUUCAAAUUUCUAGUUAAAAAGAAAAAGAGAGGACUUGAAAGCUGAAAAUGACAAUUGGAAGUAUUGAGCAUAAGGCAAAGAAGACAAAAUCAAGGAAGAACAAAGUAGUUGUUGAUGAGAAGACACCUUUGAUACCGAAGACUCAUGAUGCUGAUGCUGAAGGCUUAGAUGAAUUCAAUGGUGCUUCAUUUUCUGGGGCAGUUUUCAACUUAUCCACCACAGCUAUUGGUGCUGGGAUCAUGGGGUUACCAGCAUGUGUGAAAAAGUUGGGAAUGGUUCCUGGUCUUCUUGCUAUAAUCUUAACUGCUUUGUUGACAGAGAAGUCAAUUGGGUUCAUGAUCAGGAAUUCCCGUGCAGGGAAUCUUUCUUCUUAUGGGAAUCUCGUGGGGGAUUCAUUUGGCAAAUUCGGAAAAGCUCUUGUGCAGAUAUGUGUUAUAAUCAACAACAUUGGAAUGCUUAUUAUUUACAUGAUUAUUAUUGGUGACGUGAUUUCUGGAACAUCUUCUAGUGAAAUUCAUCAUUCUGGUGUACUUGAAGGAUGGUUUGGAGUUCACUGGUGGACAGGACGUACAUUUGUUCUUCUUUUUACAACAUUUGCUGUGUUUGCACCUUUGUCUUGCUUCAAGCGAAUUGAUUCGUUGAGAUACACUUCUGCAUUAUCAUUUGGCUUAGCAGUUGCUUUUCUUGUUAUUGCUGUGGGAAUCUCAAUUUUCAAGAUUGCAAUUGGAGGCAUUGGGAUGCCCAGACUCUUCCCGAUCAUUACUGAUGUGGCCUCAGUUUUUGAACUGUUUACUGUAACUCCUGUGGUUGUGACAGCCUAUCUGUGCCACUUCAAUGUUCACAGCAUAGAUAAUGAACUGGAGGACUCCUCACAGAUACACGGGAUUGUGCGUACUUCCCUUACUCUAUGUGCUUCAGUGUACUUACUGACAAGCUUCUUUGGCUUCCUCCUAUUUGGUGAAGGAACUCUUGAUGAUGUGCUUGCCAAUUUUGAUUCUGAUCUGGGAAUCCCUUUUGGUUCUGUGCUCAAUGACGCUGUCCGUUUUAGCUAUGCUGCGCAUCUUGUGCUUGUAUUUCCAGUUGUCUUCUAUGCAGUGCGGAUCAACCUUGAUGGUCUCAUAUUUCCAUCAUCUAGGCCUUUGGUUCUAGAUAACUUCAGAUUUGCAUCAAUUACUAUGGCCCUUAUUGUUGCUUCCUUUUUGGGAGCAAAUUUCAUACCCAGCAUUUGGGAUAUUUUCCAGUUCACUGGAGCAACAGCUGCUGCAAGUUUAUCAUUCAUAUUUCCAUCUGCCAUCACCCUAAGGGAUCGGUACAACAUCGGAACUAAAAAAGACAAGAUUCUAUCAGUCUUUAUGAUAGUCCUCGCAGUCUUCGCGAAUGUUGUGGCUGUAUACAGUGAUGCCUUUGCCCUGAUCAAGAAUAGUACAACUAAACGUGAGUGAUUUCUUGAAACUUUCUACGGAAGUCCACAGUUCAGAUAUGUUCAUACUUUCAGAUGCAAGAGUGGCAGGGUUAUUGGCCAACUAGAAAAUCGAUGUUUCUUGAGAGGAUCUGAUGGGUUGAUUGUAAAAAUAAUGAAAGAAGUGCCCUGUGUACAGUUGUUCUUCAAAAUUGUGUAAAGGCCUGAAACAUGUUCAGUCUCCUUUGUAAUAUGCUCUUCUCUAUUAUAGUUCUAGAGGUUCUUUAUUUUUCUCCAGAAUCCUAUUUAAAAGAGAUUGAAUCAUGUAUUUUAAAACGUUUGUUUAUAGCUUGUGUUAUAAAUUUCCCUAGAAAUAGAACAUUUUGGGCACUUAA